CGAAACGCGUUUCAUUUUUUCCAUGGUAGUGGAUUAGUAAAUUGCCGAAUAUUUCGCUCGUUUUCCGAGAUGGCUGAAUAUUUGGCUUCUAUUUUCGGUACAGAAAAGGACAAGGUAAACUGUUCGUUUUAUUUCAAAAUCGGGGCGUGCAGACACGGCGAUCGGUGUUCCAGGAUUCACAACAAGCCGACCUUUUCCCAAACAUGUUUGCUGCAGAAUUUGUACGUAAACCCGCAGAAUUCGGCCAAAUCCGCGGAUGGAAGUCAUUUGGUUGCCAAUGUUUCUGAUGAAGAAAUGCAAGAGCAUUAUGAUAAUUUUUUCGAAGACGUCUUUGUCGAAUGCGAGGAUAAAUACGGAGAAAUUGAGGAAAUGAAUGUUUGUGACAAUCUGGGGGACCAUUUGGUCGGAAAUGUUUAUAUCAAGUUUCGACGGGAAGAAGAUGCCGAAAGAGCAGUAAAUGAUUUAAAUAAUCGUUGGUUUGGUGGCAGACCAGUGUAUGCUGAAUUGAGUCCCGUGACGGAUUUUAGGGAGGCCUGCUGUCGCCAAUAUGAAAUGGGCGAGUGCACCCGGUCGGGUUUCUGUAAUUUCAUGCACUUGAAGCCAAUUUCACGGGAGUUGCGCAGGUAUCUGUAUUCUCGUCGAAAAGGAGGUAGAGGUCCCAGAGGAAGAUCAAGGUCGAGGUCUCCGAAAAGGGGACGUUCUCGCUCUAGGGAGAGACGCGCAGCAAGUAGAUCACCAAAACACCGGUCGGGUCGAAGUGGGCGGUACUAAUUGUAUUUCAAUUAAAUGUUUUUUUUUUAGUAUCUGUCUUACAUUUGUAUUUCAUUUUAAGAAACAGCAGGUGUGUUUACCGAUCCAUUCAUAAUCUAUUUUGGUAUGUAUUCUAAUUUGUUUAAACUCCAUCUUUUCUUGUAAAUCUUGGCUGAUUUGUUACGAUAACUGAAUAAACGA